AUGUCACUUUACUACGAUGCGUCCACAAUAUUGACCUCGUCAUCCAACGACCAAGGAGGUUCUUUCAAAUCGCGUAUCUACAACUCCAAGUCCCUCAAAGCUUCCCCAGCGCAAAUCUAUGCUCUCGUGACGGAGGCUUCGAAAUGGGACAUUUUGCUGAAAGAGGUCAUUGAAAAUUCCGGCAUACUUUCCUCGGAACCAAAGUUAACGCCAAUACUAUGUCUACUCUUAGCCCACGAUUUCCUGUUUAGCAAAAAUGGGAUUGCUGCACCUGCAUCUCACCCGCUUCGUCAGGCGAUUGAUAGACACAAGGUUCGACUGAAAGCCGAACUUACGAAAGCGCGAGUGCGUCGAAACUGUGCCUCAAUUUCGGAUCUACAAUCUGCAAUCUUGGCAGAGAAGAGGGCGCUCCUUGGGCCGGAUGAACUCAUGGAGAGCAUGUAUCCGCGAUGGGUGCGCAUCAACAAUAUCAAGAGUACGCUCAAUACGCAGAUGGAGGCGGCGUUCAAAGACCAUAAAAGAGUGGGCCGACUGAACGAGCUAAAAAGCGCGAACCAGAUUUAUGUUGAUGCUCACAUACCUGAUCUCGUUGCUCUUGCGCCAGGAACCGUAGAUUUCUCGUCAUCGAAUGCAUAUAAGAAUGGAGAGAUCAUUUUGCAGGACAAAGCUUCAUGUUUUCCUGCUUAUCUACUUUUAGGAGAUAAGGAAGAUGCAUGGGAUGGAGAUUUGAUCGAUGGCUGUGCCGCACCUGGAAAUAAAACCACCCAUUUAGCCUCACUUCUUGCUGCGCGACAGAAAUUACACGGCAAGAAGCAAACUAGAAAAUCAAAGAUCAUUUCAAUGGAUGCAUCGGCUCCACGGUCGAAGAUCCUUCAGAAAAUGGUCUCUGUCGCUGGUGCGGAUAAACUUGUUACUGUACUUGCGGGUCAGGACUUUUUAGCGUUGGAUCCAGAGGAUGAGAGAUUUGAGUUGGUGACCGGUCUGCUACUUGAUCCGAGUUGUUCGGGAAGUGGUAUUAUUGGGCGUGACGAUGUGCCCAAGCUAGUUCUUCCUGAACAAGGCAAGGCCUCUAAAUCUUCGAAUAGAGGGACGAAGCGGAAACGGCCUACAGAAGACGAAGCCGUGAAGCCAGACGAUACUCAGAAAACGGAUAAUGUGGAUACGGAGCGUUUACUCAAACUCUCCAAUCUUCAAACGCAUAUCGUUGAGCACGCGCUCAAAUUCCCAGCUGCUACCAGAGUAACAUAUAGCACGUGCUCUAUUCAUAUACUCGAGAAUGAGUGUGUUGUCGAGAGAGUUCUCGCAUCAGAUACUGCAAGAAGAAGAGGGUGGAGGAUCAUGCGACUCGAUGAGCAGCCACAGGGUUUACAGAAAUGGCGACAUCGAGGGAUUAGAAGGCAUACUAACGGCAAGGCUAGCAGUGAUAUAGCUGUUAAGCUGACAGACGAGCAGAUAGAUGCAUGUUUGCGGUGUUGGCCGGGUGAUGACGAGUGUACUGGUGGAUUUUUCGUGGCUGGAUUUGUUAGAGACGACUCUUUAGCUGAGGAUAUUCCUGCUUCGGGCAAUGAGAAUGGUAAAAACGUGGAUAAGAGUAAGGAUGGGGAAAUCGACUCGGAAUGGGAGGGCUUCUCAGACUGA